GGGAUAUUAAGAAGGCGCCAAAAAAAAGUAUCUUUUUGUAAAACUUUACUCUUUUUUACUACACACAUUAAUAAUGGUUAAGAAGCCGGCAAUAGUGGCAGGAUCGAACAUCGAACUGAAGCCAAUUCCAAAUUUAAGAAAAGAAAAUGGAGCCAGAAUUGAGAGUCCUGAAGAAGUCACUUCAAUUGUAUCGACAACAACACCCACAACAGAAACACCAGCUGCUAAAAAGAAAACGUUUAAUUUCAAAAAAUCGUGGUUGCUUUGGUGGAAUUCAGAAGAGUGGUGGUCAUGCUGGAUUGGAUUAAUUUUUUUCGGCUGCAUAGCAUCAGCCGUCAAACACAAUAUACCCUCACCAGAAUUUAUACCCUGGGAAAAAAAUCCAUUUUCUACUUUUGCAACAGUGGGUAAUUAUGGGUUACUUGUCAUUUGUGUAAUGAUGGGUUUGUUGCUCUGGCUGGCUAUGGCUGCCACAAACUCACCAAAUUGGAGAAAAUUCCCUCUUGGUUAUUCGGUUGUCUUUUUUAUUGCUCUGAUAAGCAAAAUGCUUGCAAGUAACGUGAUUCUUCAUAAGGGAAGUAUCGGUGAUUCUAUUUGGGCAAUUAUCCUAGGCUGUUUUCUUCGUAACGUGUUAUCCUUUUGCACCAAAAACACAAUCAUACCACCAUGGCUUAAAAUUGCACAGCAAACAGAAUUGUAUAUUGCUAUAAGUUUGGUAUUGCUCUGCAUUGAUAUCAGUGUUUUAAGACCCCUCGCUCCCCGUGCAUUAUUUGUUUCCUGGAUCGAUACACCUACCUUAUUCCUUGUUGUCGCAUAUUUCGGUUGGAAGGUUCUCAAAAUUGAUACUCAGACUGCCAUUAUCAUGUCUGGUGCGACCUUUAUUUGCGGGUCCUCCGCGGCUAUUGCAUUAGGCGCUAGUAUGGGUGUACCUCACAAAACUGAAAUGCCUAUUGCUAUCAUUUCCAUUUUUACCAUUCCUAGUAUCAUUGCGCUCCCUUACGUUGCUAAAAGCUUAAGCUUUUCUCCGACAGUGAGUGGUGCAUGGUUUGGCGGGUGUGUUGAUUCUACUGGUGCUGUUAUUGCUGCUGCUAGCAUCUAUGGUGACCAUGAUGCAAUUAACACCUCUGCUGUUGUGAAAAUGAUGCAAAAUGUCUUAAUUGGACCUCUUUCAGUGUUAAUGGCUUGGGGCUGGUCUCGAUAUGAAUUACAAGCAGCGUAUAAACGUGAAGAAGAGUUACUCCGUGACAAUGAAAACUUGGAUGAUGCUAUUGUACAAGACGAAGACUAUACAACCAACGGGAUGGAAGAUAGUAAUACGCCAUCUGUCAAACAUCCUCGUAAUAUUCAUGCCCCUUCCAAACCCCAAGAAAAAGCCUACAUACUCUUAUGGAAGAGAUUUCCCAAGUUUGUUAUUGGCUUCAUUAUUACCGCAGUCUUAUUUAAUACGACCAUUGACGAAGAUGUUGAAGUGAGACAAUUAGUUAAUUCAUUCUGUUUCUACGUGUCCGAGUGGUUUUCAACCUUAUCUUUUGUCAGUAUAGGCAUGGGAUUGCAUUUAAACGAUAUGAAGCAAAAUAUUCAUCAUUUGGGCAAAUUAAUUACUUUAUAUAUUGUUGCGCAAAUGGUGGAUAUUGUUGUUACAGGUGUAUUAGCGUGGACCGCAUUCACCUACAUGUAAAAUAAGUCACCAUUCCUCUAUUUCAUUUACACAUUAUUUAAUAAACUUGAUGUCAUUUAUUUGGUUUCAGAAAACCAUGUCCAUAUUUGGCCUCCACCGGUUGUACAAAGCAUACAUUUUUUCUUUUCCA